CGCAUAUUAUGGACUGCAACCUGCUGAUUCCUGUUAGACUCUGACACUCCGCCUGUGGGAGUAGGUGACUGUCGCUGAGAGCGCUUCGAACAGUUUAAGGACCCAGUGCGCAGCUUUGGGAAAGCCAUAAAUCCAGGCGAGUAGAUAAAUCCGCUAUCACAACCCGCUCGGACGGACUUUGGUUACCAUUACGCGCAUUUUUACUUUCGGAUAGGCGACUGAAGCUCCAAGCCAGCCACUCUUGGGACUCCGGAGAGCCACCGCGGGACAACACGAUGACCAUCCGCUGGCUUGCCUUGGUCGGAUUGUGGUGGAGCGCUUAUUACUGCAUGUUCACAGUCGCGGGGAGUAAUUAUUCACUGGAUGGAAAUAACGAGGUUCAAGCAGGUUUCACCCACCGGCGGCUGAGGACGCACGAGAAGAGGGAGAUGCAGAAGGAGAUCCUGUCCAUCCUGGGGCUGCCGCACAGACCGAGACCGCAUUUGUCAAACGGAAAAUACAACUCCGCUCCGCUUUUCAUGCUGGACUUAUACAACACUAUAUCCAGCGAGGAGAAGAGCCAAGUGGAAAGCAGGCUGGAGCGAUAUCAGGCCAUGCGGACGACCCAGAGCCCUCCCCUGGCCACAUAUCAAGAAACUGCCUUUCUAAAUGAUGCAGACAUGGUGAUGAGCUUCGUUAAUUUAGUGGAGUACGACAGGGAGCUCUCACCGCACAGGCGUCACCACAAGGAGUUCAAGUUCAACCUCUCGCAGAUCCCAGAGGGUGAGGCCAUCACCGCCGCCGAGUUUCGCCUCUACAAGGAGUGCGUGAGUCGUGCCUUCCGCAACGACACCUUCCUGCUCAAAGUCUACCAGGUGGUCAAGGAGCACCCUGACAGAGAGGCAGAUCUGUUCCUGCUGGAGUCUCGCAGCUUGUGGGCGGCUGAGGAGGGCUGGCUGGAGUUUGACAUCACUGCCACUAGUAACCUGUGGGUGAUGAGUCCUGCACACAACCUGGGUCUGCAGAUCAGCGUGGAGACCAGCAGCGGACAGAGCGUCAGCUCCAAGGAGGCGGGGCUCGUAGGACGUGACGGUGCACUGGAUAAGCAGCCUUUCAUGGUGGCGUUCUUUAAAGUCAGUGAAGUGCACAUCCGCACCGUCCGCUCCGCUAGUGGGAGACGGCGCCAGCCGCACCGCAAUCGAUCCGCACAACCGCCAGAUGGAUCUAGAGGGCCGGGCCCAGCAGACUACAACAGCAGCGAUCAGAAGACAGCAUGCAGAAGACACGAGCUGUACGUCAGCUUCAGAGAGCUGGGCUGGCAGGACUGGAUUAUUGCUCCUGACGGCUAUGCAGCCAACUACUGUGAUGGAGAAUGCUCCUUCCCCCUUAAUGCCCACAUGAAUGCCACCAACCACGCCAUUGUGCAGACGCUGGUGCACCUGAUGAACCCCGAGAACGUACCGAAGCCGUGCUGCGCCCCCACCAAGCUGCACGCCAUUUCAGUGCUCUAUUUCGACGACAACUCCAACGUCAUACUGAAGAAAUACAAGAACAUGGUGGUGCGGGCCUGCGGCUGCCACUGACACGAGCGAAGAGUGGUGGUGCUUCAGUCAAAGUUGGGUGUACGUUGACCUCAGGUAGACACCGGAUUCCCGCCCAAAUCUUCAACAUGCAAAGGAACGUCCAGCCUGAAAGAUCAUAUCCGUGUUCCAUUUCCAUAAUUGUUAAACCUGCUAACAUAUCAAGUAGCAAGUGACCAUUCCCCACCACAUGGGGAUCAUCCAUAGGCAACUUCACCUUGUUCCAGUCUUGAGCCACCAAGUUGUCUACCACCCUUCCUGUUAGCUGUGGACUGGGGUCUUCUCUUCAUGGGUCUGCAACUGAGUGAAUGACUGUGUGUGUAUGUGUGUGUGGGGGGGAGGCAUUUAAGCAUUUAAGUUUGUAUAUUAUGUGUUUACUGAAGUGUGUGUAUGAAUGCCUGAGAGGCUACUGCACCUUCUCCCUCCCUGAGAGGGUGAAACUGAACUGUCGUGGGACCAGUCAGAGUGCUGCUUUCUUUCCCGUCUUCUCUCCAACAUAGAAAAAAAAAGCAAGGUGCAUCGGUUCUCGCAGGAGGCUCUAAUAAUGAACAGCUUCCCUACAGCACAUGACACUGCAGGGCUAACACCCCCGUCAUAUUUCCAAGUGGUGUGAAUCAGCCCGACUUUCGUUUUUCUGUGCAAAAUGUUGUUAACCAAAACAAUCUAAUACAAACUGAAUGAUACUUUGGAGUCAGCACACUCAUAUUUCCUUCCUCCCCUCUGCUGUUUUUUUUUCUCUUCUUGAGCCAUAUUUGCCUUCCCAAAAAUAUAAUAUGGACUGAACCAAAGUGACCGCAGGCUAUUUUAGUAGUGGACCGCUCCAAAUAUCCCCCCUGACACCACCACCAUCACCACCUCCCCUCCUCCAUGUCAAUAUUUGCCAGGCUGGGGCUGAGCUGCGAUUCACCAGGCUGGUUCAACAUGAUGCAUGUUGUGGCUAAACUGAUGUUUUUCUCCAAAGAACCGAAGAAUACAGCCUUAUCCCUCGGACAUACCACAAAUGGCCAUUUCCAUGUUGCUGCUCUCGCAAAGUUAACAAACGCUUCCACUCCUGACAGCCCAUCAUGAAAUAGUGGAAAAAAAACAUUUAGCUUUCAAGAAAAAAAAAAAAAAGCCCGCAGAACGGUUUGUGUCAGCGUUCUGAAAUUAGCCGGUUGCUUUUUCAACCCUGAGGGUGAAACUGUUCGGAUAUGGACAGGUGACAAAUUAAUGGAAAAACCUGAAUGCUCAAACCCUGCAGAGUGGGGGUAUCUCGUACUUUUUUUUUUAAGCAUUCAUUGGCGGGAUCAGUUUGUUCUGUGUGUUAAAUCUUGAAGGGAAUGGCCGCUUCUGGGAUAACAGCUCUGCCCUUUUCAUAGAGCCUGUGGCCCUCAAGUCACCAGAUCUCAAUCCAGUUUGGUAAAUUUUCGACCAAUCUAUAACCUCUAAGUUUUAGAGAGCUGAAGAAUUAAAAAUAAACGUGCAUUCAAGCAGUUUUGCUGAAAAGCAGUGCCCGGUUUUUCCUUUAAUUUGUCACCUGUCACGUUGCAACGUCUUCCCAACUGAGUAUGUAACUGUGAGCUUUAAAUGACAUGAGAACUUUUAGAGCAUAUUUUAAUGAAAAACUAAUACCAGUAAGAAUCAGAAUACCUUACGUGCCUAACCAAUCAUACAUUACAAAAUAUACCUCUGGUAAGCUGCUGUUUACAUUUGUGAUCAUGUUUAGUUUUUUGUAAAUACUUGUACAUUCUCAGCUUAUUUAUUGCACCUUUUAUUAAAAAGAGAAAAAAAAAAAUCACAUACGUUAUUAACAGAGAUGCAAGAGCAAAAUGAAAAUGCAAAGUUAUUUUUGAGAAAAAUUUAUUACGAAAUCUCAUGUUACAUUUUGCCAUUAUUCACUCUUUUUUUGUACAAAAUCUGUGGGUAGUGCACAAACUAUAACCCAUGAAAAGGAAAAAAAAAACAAAAAAAAACAUGACUGUGUCACUGGAGUUGCUUAGACCAUGUGCUAUCCAUAAAAACUUUUACUGAGAAAAAACUGUGUCUCAGACUGUUUGAGUACCUGGGUUUAACAAUAAAUGGUGCCCUGCAUUCACACAACACAUGCUUUCCACAUAACCCGGGUCAAAGAGCAUUUGCCUAACAGGUGGGUGCAGUUUACAACACCGCAGUUAAUUGCAGAAAAGUGCACUGAAACACUGCAAAUGCUUUUUCACUAAGGUCUGACCUUCGAAUCCCCCCGAAAAUUAUUUCUGUGUUGAAUUUUAAUGCUGCCAGUUCCAACCCACUUCAAUGAUUAACUAUAAUCAGAACCUCAUCGUCCAUUUUAUUCAGUCUGAUGGCUCUGGUGUCCAAAGGUCUAAAUCAUCCCGAUACACUGUUCUCAACUUAGGCUGUCGCUUCAGUAAGAAUAAAUGGAAAUCACAGUGAGAACGUGGAUACGAUGGGAGUUGAGCUCACCCUGAGCAGCAGUUCGACCUUUCAGUGCUGACGAUGAGCGACCAUGCUGUUCCCAAAUCCUUCUAACAUCGGUAGGAUAAGCCUGGCCUGAAGAAUACAAACAUUCACAUGUUUUUACAUCGACACGGAAGAAUGUUAAGGAGACUUCACAUCAACGAUGGCUUGUCCAAACAGAAGCAGUAACACAAAAGAUCAGUAACAGAGCGAUGGGGCAGCAUGGUCCAGGCCUAACACUCCCAAUGCUAAGAGCAGAGAGGGAUGGUCGAUCACUGAGACUAAAAUAAUCGGUCACAAUCUGGUAAUCAUGAUUAACAGAAAAAAAAAAAAGUUGUCAGAUUCAGUAAAAUCACAGACUCCUCCAUCACAUCUCCUCCCAGUCUGUGUGGUUUCUUCCCUGAGAGUUAAGUCAGA